UUGGCGCGAAAGUCGGUUCCCGACCUCGGCGCUUCCGGGUUCUGCAGCGUUAGCUUGGGGCAGGGGGCGCCGCCGGGGGCGGGGGCUGCGCGCCCCGCUGGCGCCCGAGUCCAGCCGCUGUCCUGUGGGCCGCGCGCACCCCGACAUGAUGCCCGUGGGCCUUAGGGCUCCACCGAGUUCAGCUAUGUCCAGAAAUGGCCAAGAACCGUUUUUUGUGAAGUUUUUAAAGUCUUCAAACAAUUCAGAACGUUUUUUUAAAGCUCUUGAGUCAAUAAAGGAAUUACAACCUGAAGACUAUCUUCAGAUUAUUACAGAAGAGGAAGCAUUGAAGAUAAAGGAGAAUGACAAAUCGCUUUAUAUCUGCGACCAGUUCAGUGGUGCUGUUUUUGAUCACCUUAAACAGCUUGGCUGCAGAAUUGUUGGUCCUCAAGUAGUCACGUUUUGCAUGUAUCACCAGCAGUGUGUUCCAAGAGCUGAGCAUCCAGUUUACAAUAUGAUUAUGUCUGAAGUAACUGUAUCUUGCACAAGCAUGGAUAAAGACAAAAGAGAUGAAGUUCAUAAAUAUGUACAAAUGAUGGGUGGACGCGUAUACAGAGACCUUAAUGUUUCAGUCACUCACCUUAUUGCAGGAGAAGUUGGGAGCAAAAAAUAUUUAGUUGCUGCUAAUCUCAAGAAACCUAUUUUGCUUCCUUCUUGGGUAAAAACACUUUGGGAGAAGUCACAAGAGGAAAAAAUAACCAAAUACACUGAUAUAAACAUGGAAGAUUUUAAGUGUCCUACUUUUCUUGGUUGCAUUAUCUGUGUGACUGGCUUGAAUAGCAUACACAGAAAGACAGUUGAGGAACUCACAGCUAAGCAUGGAGGCCAGUACACGGGGCAGCUGAAGAUGAACGAGUGCACACACCUCGUCGUGCAGGAGCCGAAAGGACAAAAAUAUGAAUGUGCCAAGAGAUGGAAUGUGCACUGUGUGACCCUGAAGUGGUUCCAUGACAGUAUUGAGAAAGGCUUCUGUCAGGAUGAAUCUAUAUAUAAGGCUGAGCCCAGAGCAGAAGUAAAGACUGUGCCUGAUACUUCAACUCCCACUGCUCAGAGCAAUGCAGCAGCUGAAAGUCGCACUCUUGCAGAUGUCAGCCAUAUAUCCAACAUAAAUGGCAGCUGUGUAAAUGAAACAAUGUUCACUUCAACUACUAGCAAACUUGACUGUACAGUGGAAAACCUAGAGAAUCUGGACAUCAGUGUGUUUCAAGCACCUGAAGAUCUAUUAGAUGGCUGUCGGAUCUAUCUUUGUGGUUUUAGUGGCAGAAAACUAGAUAAGCUGCGAAGGCUUAUUAACAAUGGAGGUGGAGUUCGAUUUAAUCAACUCAGUGAAGAUAUAACUCAUGUAAUUGUGGGCGAUUAUGAGGAUGACCUGAGGCAGUUUUGGAGCAAAUCAUCUCACAGGCCUCAUGUAGUGGGAGCAAAGUGGUUGCUGGAAUGUUUUAGUAAAGGAUAUCUACUCCCUGAGGAGCCGUAUAUCCACGCUAACUACCAGCCAGCUGGAAUUCCAGUUUCAGAUCAGCAUGAAAACCAGACAGCUGUCUUAGAGAAGAGUGGCACAUUCUCUAAGAAAGACUGUGUUCCUAGUGAGGCGCUCCAGCUAGCUGAUGAGGAGAUACUUGCUCAGUAUGUAAAUAAUGACUCCACAACAGUUGAAACUAAGCCAUCUGAAGCUAUGGAGCCUGAAGUUGGGCCUUGCAGCAGUUCUACUCACAUUGAGCCCUGUGAUGAUUCCACUCACGUUGAGCCCUGUGAUGAUUCCACUCACAUUUCUGUGCAAGAGGAAAACCCGUCAUCUGUCAGUCAUUGCCUCCUGGAUGGCGCCACAGUUCCUGAGGAAGGCUUAUUUAGCCAGAAGAGUUUCCUGGUUUUGGGUUUUAGUAUUGAAAAUGAACGUAAUAUUGUGAACGUCAUAAGAGAGCAUGCUGGAAAGAUUGUGUCCUUUCCCAGCAGAACUGUUGCUGACUAUGCCGUGGUUCCAUUGCUGGGGUGUAAAGUAGAAGCAACUGUGGGAGAAGUUGUUACAAAUACAUGGCUGGUCAUGUGUAUAGAUAACCAGACGUUAGUUGAUCCCAAGUCGAAUCCCCUCUUCACACCAGUCUCAGUUAUGUCGGGAACGACUCCUUUAGAGGACUGUGUGAUUUCAUUUAGUCAGUGUGUUGGAGCAGAAAGAGAGUCCUUGGUAUUCUUAGCAAGUCAUCUUGGAGCAAGUGUUCAAGAAUUCUUUGUUCGAAAAUCCAAUGCAAAGAAAGGCAUGCUUGCAAGUACACAUCUUGUAGUGAAAGAACCGAAUGGUUCUAAAUAUGAAGCUGCAAAGAAGUGGAGUUUGCCAGCAGUGACCGUUUCAUGGCUCUUAGAAACUGCUAGAACGGGAAAGAGAGCAGAUGAAAACCUUUUUCUGGUUGACAGUGCACCUAAACAAGAACAAGUAUUAGAAACAAAGAUACCAAAUGGUGUGAUUACAAUUCCAGAUUCUCCAGCACUUCCUGACACACACCCGGAAAUUCACAGAAAAAUGGCUGUUACACCCUUGGACAUGAACCGCUUUCAGAGUAAAGCUUUCCAUGCUGUCAUCUCGCAGCAUGGUCGGCAGGACUCUGCCCCUCCCGCAGCAGGACAGCCCCUGAAGAAGGAGCCCUCCUUACGCCUGGACACACCGUCCAAGUUUCUGUCCAAGGACAAGCUUUUCAAGCCAUCCUUUGAUGUGACGGAUGCACUUGCAGCCUUGGAAACCCCAAAUGCUGCCAGGCAGAAGAGGAAACUGAGCUCUCCACUCUCGGAAGUCAUUGUCAGAAACCUGAAGGUGGCUUUGGCAAACAGUUCCCGAAACCCCGACAGUCUCUCUGCUAGCCCUCAGCUGCAGGGUGCCCUUUCAGAGAAGGAAGAAGCUCCGAAACCACUUGACAAAGUUGUGGUGUGUGUGAGUAAAAAGCUCAGUAAAAAGCAGAGUGAGCUAAAUGGGACUGCAGCCUCACUGGGAGCAGAGUACAGGUGGAGUUUUGAUGAGACGGUGACUCAUUUCAUUUAUCAGGGUCGGGCAAAUGAUAAUAAUCGAGAGUACAAAUCUGCAAAAGAAAGAGGGGUGCAUAUUGUUUCUGAGCAUUGGCUUUUAGAGUGUGCUCAGGAGUAUAAGCAUCUUCCUGAAUCUCUUUAUCCACACACUUAUAAUCCCAAGAUGAGCCUGGACAUCAGUACAGUGGAAGAUGGCCGGCUCUGUAACAGCCGAGUACCCUUAGCAAUUUCUGCAUCUAUGGACGACGAGCCAGAUCAGUUGUCUGUAGAAGAACACGAGGCAAACAACACGGUCACGAGUAACAAGGAGUCAGGACUGUUGAAUGGGAAUGGAGGAAAUGACUGUAAAGGAGCUCUGACACAGGCUUUAGAGAUGAGAGAAAACUUCCAGAAGCAACUGCAAGAGAUCAUGUCAGCAACCUGCAUUGUGAAGAUGCAGGCACAGAGGACGUGCCUUUCGAGAAGCAGUUGUAACAGUGCUUCCUCAACUCCAGACAGCGCUCGCUCUGCACGGAGUGGGCGAAGCCGAGUCCUGGAGGCACUGAGGCAGUCUCGACAGAUAGUGCCUGACACCAACACAGAGCCCUCCCAAAACGAGCAGAUCAUUUGGGAUGACCCCACAGCACGGGAGGAGAGAGCAAGGCUCGCCAGCAACUUACAGUGGCCCAGCCACCCCACACAGCAUUCUGAGCUUCAGCUUGACAUAAGAAAACUGAGCGAUUCUCCCUCUCCACAGACUGUAGACCAUUCAGAAAUUGCUGAGCAGGCUUUGUGUGUGACUGAAGUCCCAGGGCACCCAGGCUUUGAAUACCCAGAAACUCCAGCAGCAGAUAGGGAUCUGAUCCCUGGGCCUCAAGCCUCCAGCAUGGCUUUCCCCCUGGCCAAGCCACCUGUGGCUCCACAGCCUAUGGACAAGAUUCAAACACUGGAUGGGACUCAUGAAAACCCUCAAAAACAGUAUGUGUUUCAGUUGUCAUCUCUGAAUCCUCAAGAACGCAUUGAUUACUGUCACCUGAUUAAAAACUUAGGUGGGUCGGUGAUUGAGAAGCAGUGCUCAGACCCCAGCUGCACACACAUGGUUGUGGGGUACCCGCUGCGCAAUGAGAAGUACUUAGCUUCCAUGGCAGCCGGCAAGUGGGUACUUCAUCGCUCCUACCUGGAAGCCUGCAGGACAGCUGGGCAUUUUGUGAAGGAAGAAGACUAUGAAUGGGGAAGUAGCUCCAUACUUGCUGCUAUCACUGAUGUCACUGAGCACCAGCAAAAACUAGCACUCGCAGCAAUGAGAUGGAGGAAAAGGAUCCAGCAAAGGCGAGAGUUGGGCAUUGUUGAGGGAGCAUUUAGUGGCUGGAAGGUCAUUUUACGUGUUGAUCGGCCCCGAGAAGCUGGGUUCAAGCGCCUUCUUCAGGCAGGAGGAGGAAAGGUGUUACCCGGCCAUCCUGUACCUUUAUUUAAAGAUGCUACACAUCUCUUUUGUGACUUCAAUAAACUGAAACCUGAUGACUGCAGAGUUUUCAUAGCAGAGGCUGCUGCCCAGAACAUGGCCUGCUUGAAAACAGAAUAUAUUGCUGAUUAUCUCAUGCUGGAAAGCCCUCCUUGUGUGGAUAAUUACCGUCUAUCAGAAGCUGCUUUACUCCAGAAUAAGGAUGCUGGGCCUGGAUUACCCCAGAAGAGGAAAACUCUGACAGAGAAUGGCGUCAAAAGGCCUCGAGUGCACUGAUGCACUACACUAGCUGCCAAAUAGCAAAUGUUUUCUAGUUCAGAAAUGGCUAUAGGUUGGUGACAGUGCACUUGCCUAGAAUGCAUCAGGCCCCGGGUUUGGUCCCCAGCAAUGCAAAGCAAGAAAAUUGUCAGCUACAACCUGAAUGCUGCGGGGAUGGGGUUUGUGUAGCAGUUUAAAGGCAUUCAUCUGAAGGAUUAAUGUAAUGAUCUUGUGAACUUGAUGCCUUUAACACCUGAAUCUGAAUCACUGAAUACUGACUGUUCCUAAUGAAAAGGGACCUUUACUAGCUUGUCAAGCCACAUUGGGUGCUUAAAGGACGUGUUUUUCUUGUAAAUACCCGAGGCUAUAAUAGUUAUAAGAUUUUGUUUGGAAAUGUCUUAGUUCACAAAAGCAAAAGUUAUCAAUUGGGAUUAUUUCAU